AUGGAAGACGUUAAACAAAACAAAAAACAAAUUGGAUGGGAUGUUACUAUGACGGAAGCGGCUACGCACACGGAUACGGAUAGAGAGCAGGCGGUGCAGGUUAGCACCGAGGGUAACGCGAAUUUGUUCGCCGCACCCCGCCCCCAGAGGGCGAAAAGGGGAGGCUCGCACUCCCGUGGAAGAAAGAGGUCCUCGGCAUCGGGGAGAGUAUCUUCUGCCCGCACUGACAGCGGGGAUGAUUCUGAUGAGUCGUACGCGUCCGCUACCUCGCUGGACAUAUCGUCGAGGAGAGGAAAGUCGUCGACCGCCGUCAACUAUGCUGGCCUCAUGUCGGAUGAGGAGAGGGUGCUGGACCGCUCUCUCCCUCCACCCGCCCCAAGUAAGAGCAGCAUUCCCCUGCCGGAGCAGGAGCAGCUCGAGUUGGAGCUCCGCUACGAGCCUAUGACGGCUCUGGCAGCGCAGAAACUCGAGCUGACUGCGGAUGUGGAGAGGGUUGCCUCCGUGUCCAAAGGGCUCAAAGGGACCUUUCAGAGAUCCCUCCGGCUGGCUGCCCGGCGUAUAAGGGCCAUCAACGUGGAGAUGGCCAAGAGAACGGCGCCGGACAGCGGAGAGGAGGAGUUGGCACGAUUGAGGCUUCAGCUCCGCCAGCGAGAGGAGCAGAUUAGCAAACAGGGUGAGCAGCUGCUCACCCUGACCAACGAGCUCGCGGAGGUGCGGGGUCGCCUGCUGGCGUUUGAGGCUCCCAUCUUCGUUGCCCCCGCCCGCGCCGAAAAGGCGGUUAGACCGGCCUCCCCCCUGGCGGAGCAGGGAGGAAUCAAGAAGAGGAGGUCGGAACAGGAGGUGGCUAUGCCCGACCCAGUGGCUGGCCCCUCCUGGAUGGAGGUGGCGUCGCCCGCCCCCAUCCGUGCCAAGAGGGCUGCCCCUGCUCCAUCCAAGGCUGUGCCCAGGAUUUCCCGGGUGGAGGCGAUCGACCUCGAAGGGGGGGGGGACAUCAGGGUGUGCCUUGCUGCCCUCAUGCAGCAGGUCUCCUCCCUCAGGGCAGAGUUUAUGGGGGCUCUGCAGUCCAGAGGGGGCAAGGAAGUCCCGCCCAUUAAGAAGAAGGGGGAAGUGGCUGCGAGUGCUAAGGUCACCCCCCGGUCCUGUACAACCAGCCGCAAGGGCCAGCAGGUGGGGAGAGGCCAGCCUCCCCAAGUGAGGAGGGAGUCCACCCUGGAGGCGAGGAUGCGGGACAUCCAGGAGGAGACCCGCCUUGUCUCUCAGGGGGAAAGUUGGGCCACAGUGGUCGGCCGCAAGGCCAAGAGGGCCCAGGAGAAGAAGAAGGAGGGGCCACCACCGACACCCGGUGGCUCAGCGCUGCGAGGGACGCAGCAGAGUGCCAGGGACCCCCCCAAGAAACCAGCUGCCUCAGUCCCCGCACCGAAGAGGAAGGUAACCAGGCCGCCUAAAACAGCGAUCGUCACCUUGACUUUGGCCCCAGAGGCCAGGGCCACGUACGCCGAGGUGAUGGCCACCGCCCGGGAAAGGGUCGAUCUCCGGACCAUUGGAAUAACGGAGAUUCGACCCCGCCGGGCGGUCACUGGCGGCCUGGUACUCGAAAUACCGGGCGAGGAGCGCACCGAGAGGGCGGCUGCGCUAGCCGGUCGCCUUCAGGAGGUAUUCGAGGGCAUCGAGGUCCGGGUGUCUCGUCCCAUGAAAAUGGGCGAGAUGAGGAUUUCGGGCCUCGAUAACUCGGUGACCCCAGUGGAGGUUGCGGCAGCCUUGGCCGCUGUGGGGGGUUGUGCCCCAGCCGAUCUAAAGGUCGGGGAGAUCAGAAUCUCCCCGGCGCGGCUAGGCACUGUCUGGGCAAAAUGCCCCCUGACGGCGCUUAAAAAAAUAGCCGCCUCCGGGAGGAUCCUGGUUGGCUGGUCGUCAGCCAGGGUCGAGGCGCUGUCGGCGCGGCCUUUGCAUUGUUUCCGCUGUCUCGAAAAAGGCCAUGUGAGGCAGCGGUGCACGUGCGUGGUGGAUCGGUCCGAUCGCUGCUAUGUUUGCGGCGAGUCGGACCAUAAGGCCGCCACAUGCAGCGCCUCCCCACGGUGCCCCUUGUGCACCGACUUGGGGCGAAACGCGGGGCACCGGUUGGGGGCGAUGUCGUGCGCCCCCAAGUCCCGGAGGCCCAAUAAGGAGAAGGGCGCCGUCCAGGGGGGAAUAGCACCCCCCCCAACAGCCGCAGCAGCAGCCAACUAA